GUAUGUACGUCAGUGACUUCCGGGGAACGAAAAUAGUGGCGGACCAAUAUGGCGGCGCACCAUAACAGCAACUUGUGUGUUGAACGGUAAAACUACUUACGCGUGAUUAUGUUAAAUGUGGAUGAUAACCAGUAUUAUCUGCGCCAGUGAUUAUACAUUAGUGCAACAAAGGCAACACGCUUAUAUUAGCUUUGAGGGCUCUAACGGACACUUGAGCAAUGUGGGGUGAAAUCGAACCACCCGUUAAAAUACAACCCACGCCGUCUGAUAAAUGUGUUAAGGACGACCAGCGCACAAUACCUGAGAACCCGUUGAUACUGCUCCGUAUUCCCCACAGUGACGAUCCAAAACCACUGCAAGAUACCCAGGUGUCUCAAGAUGUCCCUGCUGAUGUCCACGCCUUGUUGGAGGCUGUAGUUGCGAGUGGAAGCCAAGUAAAGAGUCAGCAGAUAGGAGAUGCGGAACUGACAACAGAGGAACGUAGAAAGGAGCUACUUCAUCAAUACGGGAGCAAACCACUGGUCUUCCUGGAGCGCUAUCAUAGAUGCCUAAAGCCGGUGCAUCUGCCAGCUUUUUCCCAUGUCAGCACUGACCCACGGGCUCAGCACUAUUGUGAAGUGAUCCAGAGGCAAGCAGCAGGGAACACCCACAAGACGCAAGUUCGAAACCAGCGGUACGCUGCACUCAUGGCACUGCAAAAAGAGGGUCAGUAUUUCAGUGAAGAACAGAUGCGAACCAGGGAGCCACUGCUGUAUGAACAAUAUAUUGGACAGUACCUAACUGAUGAGGAGGUGAUAGAGCGCGCCCACGAGGCCAUGUUGGGUGGUGCACAAGAAGGACAGGAGGCAUCAGCGGGAGCCGCAGGAGGCCUGACACACCUCCUCCUUAACUCUUACCAAGAGCGUCUCAUCCAAAAUCGUCUGCAGGAGGAGCAGGAUAGAGAGGAGGGUGCACGGGAAGAGGACGAGGAUGAGGAGGAUGAAGAAAACAGAGUCCACGAGAAGACUUGGGAGCCGACCUCUGAGGAGAAAGCACUACUUCGGGAGGAGUUCAUCAGUCAGAUGCACCAUCGCUUCCUUGAUGGUAAAGACACGGACUUCAACUACAGCGAAGUGGACGAGAACCCUGACUAUGACAACCUUGACAUCGUCAAUAGAGAUGCAGAGGAAAAGUACUUUGAUGAAGACGAUGAGGAAGAAGAUGAAGAAAUUAUGGCAGAAUAGUGACCACAGGGAUGAUAAAUCAUAAAAAAGAUGGGGGGAUUCGGAGAUACAGUCAGUCAGUACUGUACAUGCUUUUCAUUGGACAGCAGCGCCAUCUGGCGGAGGACUGCUCUCCUGUCCCUAUUUUUCAUUCGGCGAAUGCGUGAUGUAAAUACAGUAAUAUAAAAAUAAAAUAAACGAGGUGAAGUGAGCACUCA